AUGGAGGAAGAAGAGCUUCCGGUAGGUUUUCGAUUCUAUCCGACGGAAGUAGAGCUGCUUUCGUUCUACCUAAAAAUCCAGCUGGGCGGAGGAAAUGCCACCAUUCACAGUCUCAUACCCAUCCUCGAUGUGUUUAGCAUUGAGCCUACUCAGCUUCCAAAUCUUGCGGGGGAGAGGUGUCGAGGAGACGCAGAACAAUGGCUUUUCUUCGUGCCAAGACAAGAGCGGGAAGCUAGAGGAGGACGACCUAGCAGGACCGCUGGUUCAGGAUACUGGAAGGCAACUGGUUCACCAGGGCCUGUGUUCUCGCCGGAUAACCGAGUGAUCGGAGUUAAGAAGACGAUGGUUUUCUACACCGGAAAAGCACCUACUGGGAGAAAGACAAAGUGGAAGAUGAAUGAAUAUAAGGCAGUUGACGAAACAACUAGUGUAUCUACCAACCCUAAGUUGAGGCACGAAUUCAGUCUUUGUCGAAUCUACAUAAAGUCAGGAAGCUCGAGAGCUUUUGACAGACGUCCCAUAGAAACUUAUGGGAUAGAGAGGAAGCUUCCUAUCAAUGGAGUUGAGACAUCAUUUCGUGCCACAAUAUCAACCUCACCAGAAACAUCGUAUUCAGGAGGAGACCAAGUUGAUUUGCCAGUUACGAAUGCGUCUACAACACAAAGCAACUCAGAGAUGGUUGAUGGGCUAUCACAACCUUUUUGGGAAUGGGAACAACUGAAUUGA